ACCUUGGACACAGAUCCCUCCACCAGAAGCCUGUUUGAUUCUAAGUGCUUCUGCCUGAAAGGAAACUCAGCUCAUAGGGAGGAAAACUGCAGAGAUUGAGCUCCUUGCUGGAGCUGAAGUUCUCCUGAAAGGGAGGACAGCGAGGUGAGCAGAGAGAUGGAGACUUCCUCUGUGCUUCUCUGCAACGGUUGCAUUUCCUGGCAAUGGCUUCUGAUCACAGCAUCCAUUUUAACAUGCUGGCACCUCUCCACCACCACUGCUCACGUCACCAUUGACUUUGUCCCGCCCCAUGUGGUUGAAGGUGAAAACGUCCUUCUCCUGGUCCAAGAUCUGCCAGAGAAUCUCACAACCUUAGCCUGGUACAAAGAGGUGAAAAUUAUACACAAUAUAAUAGCAAUAUACUCACUGAACAAUGAUUUAAGUGUUCCAGGGCCUCUGCACAGUGGUAGAGAGACAGUGUACCGCAAUGGAUCUCUGCUGCUCAGAAAUGUCACAAAGAAGGAUAUAGGAAUCUAUACCCUACAAACCUUGAAUAAACUUGCAGAUACUGUGUCAACAACAUCCAUGUACCUUCUCGUGUACACCCCCCAUUGUGGGUGCCCUUCCACCUGUGCCCAGCCCGCUAUUGAAACAGUGCCAUCCAGCAUUGCAGAAGGAGAAAGUGUCCUUCUAGUGGCUCACCAUCUCCCGAAGAAUCUUCGAGCCUUUUUCUGGUACAAAGGAGGGAUUGUGUCCAAGGACAUUGAGGUUGCCUGGCACCAAAUAGCCAAGAAUACAACUGGUUUUGGCCCUGCUCACAGCGGUAGAGAGAUAGUUUACAGCAAUGGAUCCCUGCUGCUCCAGAACGUCACCUGGAAUGACACUGGAUUCUACACCCUACGAACCCUGAGUACAGAGUUGAAAACUAAACUAAUACGUGUGCAACUCCAAUUGGACACCUCCCAUUGUGGGCAACAUCCCUCCACCCAGCCAACUGUUGAAUCAGUUCCACCCAGAGUUGCUGAAGGAGGAAGCGCUCUUUUAGUGGUUCACAAUCUCCCGAAGAAUAUUCGAGCCAUUUUCUGGUACAAGGGUGCGAUUGCUUUCAAGAACUAUGAGGUUGUCCGACACAAAAUAGCCACAGAUUCAACUGUGCUGGGCCUUGCACACAGUGGUAGAGAGACUCUGUACAGCAAUGGAUCCCUGCUGCUCCAGAGCGUCACCAGGAAUGACACUGGAUUCUACACCCUACGGACUCUGACCUCAGAUCUGAAAGUUGGACUAGUGCAUGUGAAACUCCUGGUAGACACCUCCCUUUCUGUGUGCUGUAACCCCUUCACUUCUGUCCCACUCAUGAUAGAGCCAGUGCCACAGAAUGCUGCUAGAGGGGAAAGCGUUCUUCUCCUUGUUCAUAAUCUGCCAGAAGAUCUCCAAGCCUUUGCCUGGUACAAGUCAGGGUAUAGCACCCAGAUUUUAAAAAUUGCAGAAUAUAGCAGGGACAGGAAUUACAUCACCCAGUGGCCUGACUACAGCAAAAGAGCAAUGGUGUACAACAAUGGAUCCCUUCUGCUGCAGGAUGUCAUGGAGACAGAUGCAGGCAUCUACACCCUGCAAACAUUAAACAGAGAUUUCAAAGUUGAAAAAGCACAUCUACAACUCCAUGUGUACACCUGCAGGCUUCCUCCUACUGCUGCCCAGCUCUCUAUUGAGUUAUUGACACCCAAUGUUGUUGAAGGGGAAGAUGCUCUACUACUUGCUCUUAAUGUCCCCGAGAACCUCGAAGCCUUUUUCUGGUACUUGAAGGCAACCAUGUUCAACAGCCGUGUAAUUGCACGGAAGGAUAUGACUAAUAACAUUUGGAUCAGACCUGCAUACAUUGGUAGGGUGACUGUGUACCCCAAUGGAUCCCUGCUAAUCCACAACACCACCCAGAAGGAUGCUGGAUUCUAUUCCCUACAAACCUUAAGUACAGACCUUGAAAUUCAAGAAACACACGUGGACCUUCACAUAUACAGUAAGUGA